GGUCUAAAGAUGGAGGUGCACCGAUUGUUCCUGAACGAAGAAGACAGCUCAGAAUCAGCAACAACACUGUACAACUCGCGUUGGACCGAGUACACAAAGAAGACGCCGGUUUGUACACGAUCACGGCGAGAUCACCUCUAGGAGUAGCAUCCAGAGACGUCGAACUCAGAGUCUGUACCUCCGAAGAUGACGAUGAACCACCCGCUUUUCUUAGACGACUUAACGAUUUGUCAGUCAAAGUGGGUACCAGAACGAGGUUCUUGGUCGAAAUUAGGAGCAGCUCAACUCUAACGACUGAAUGGUUGAAAAAUGAAGAAAGAAUAUCGGAAGGAGAGAGAUACAGAUUUGUAAACGAAGGAGGCUUCCAUUGCGUAGAUGUAGCACCAGUCACAGUCAAAGAUGUAGGAAGAUGGACUUGCACUGCUCGAAACAACACGGGACAAGCGUCUAGUUCGUGCCAUCUCAACGUACUCGUACCAAAAACAUACAAAGCGCCCGAGUUCCUGGAAGAGCUCCGGGCUCUUCUUACCGAACAGGGUACCGUAUCGUUGGAGUGCAAGGUUGUGGGGGUACCGACCCCAGCGCUUCGUUGGUUCAAGGAUGGAAAGGAGAUCCAUGCAGGUGAUGUAUUCGCUUUGACCGCCAAUCCAAAUGAUCCCACUUCUUUGGGGGUGUACGUUUGUGAAGCUAUCAACUGCAUGGGGAAAGCUAUUUCCAGUUCUAGAGUCCAUGUGGUGGACAGCAAAGAAGGACCACUUAAAUCAGCAGAAAGCCAUUUACCAACCGGACCUCCACCAAUAUUUACUCGAGAUAUACAAGACGAAUCGAUUAAAAUAGGUGAUCCUAUUUUACUGACCUGCCAAGUAUCUGUACCUCCUUGGCCACGGACGAUCCAAUGGUACAAUUCUGAAGGCAGAAUCGAGGACCAGGAUCAGGGAAGCAGGUACAAGCAAAUGGCAGACGGUAUUGGAGGGUAUAUGUUAGAAGUAAAGCCGACAGAGGCAUGCGAUCAGGGAGAAUGGAAAUGUGUGGCGACUAGUGAUACUGGCGUAGUAUCAAUCUCUACUUGUACAGUCGAUAUGAUAAUACCCAAGCACUUCAGAAAACCCAGAUUCAUGGACACCCUCAAAGCAGUAUUAACAGAAGAAGGACUGGUCUCAUUCGAAUGUAAAGUCGUGGGUUCCCCCACUCCUCUUCUCAGAUGGUUUAAAGAUGGACAAGAGUUAAAACCGGGCGAUGUGUACCAAUUAACAGGAACCAACUCACUAGGCUCUUACUGUUGCAUAGCCAAGAACUGCAUGGGUGAGGCCAGAAGCUCAGCCGAACUAACUGUUGAAGAUAUUGAGAAUCAAUUGAACGAAGAGGAAAGGGAGCAACUGAUAGCCAGGAGUCAGGCGCCUAAAUUUAUACAGGGGUUAAAAAGCAGCGAGGCUAAAAUUAAUGAACCUUUCAGGUUUACUAUUCAAGUUAGCGUAACCACACCUCUACCGCUGAUCUCCUGGUUCAGGGACGACCAACCAGUAUCAAACGAACCGGAAAAAUAUAUAGUUUUCCGGGAAAAUCUGGGCGUAUGUCACUUAGACGUGCGCCCCGUAGAAUUGAACGAUCAAGCCGAAUGGAAGUGCGUGGCGACCAACGAUUUCGGGCAUUCGGUAACGUCGUGUUUUUUGAAAAUCACCAUUCCAAAGCACUUCAGGAAACCCAAGUUCCUGGAGUGUUUGCGAGCGGUGCUCUCGGAAGAGGGCGCUGUGAAUUUAGAGUGUAAGGUUAUAGGCGUGCCGCAGCCGGUAUUGAAGUGGUAUAAGGACGGUGUUGAAUUGAAACCGGGGGAUAUUCACCGGAUAACGUCGGGACAGGACGGCAGAUGUUGCCUCGGAACCUAUACAUGUGAAGCCCGAAAUUGCAUGGGCACCGUUGCCAGCUCUGCAUCUUUACUAGGUUUCGAGGAUCAAAAACUAAAAGGCACACCAUCACGUCCAGAAUUAGGUAGGCAACUAUCCCUAUCAACAAUUCACGAAGAGAGAACAUCCCAGAUGUACGACACAGCUGGUGAUCAAUCCAUAACUCUAGCAGACCACGGAGAAGUCUCGUUUUCAUUCGACGGCAAAGAGGUUUCCGUAUCGCUGUACGAAACACCAGAUUUGACUGAAGAUGAAGCCAUACAAAUCGUAGAAAUGUAUGCCGAACAACUCUCAGAACACUUCUCCGAACACAAUAUAGUCGAAUUACCACCAUUGAGGUUUGUGAAAGAGUCUUCACAAUCCGGAAAUCUCCUUAUGGAAGCCGUUUUGGUAGACGUAUCAGACGAUUACUUCCAUACCGCCGACGAAGAUCUUAGAACGGAAGCAGACGUUGAUGAAAUACUUUCUAUAACCAACGAAGCAACCUAUACUUCGGAAAAACUAAAAAUCGAUCUAACUUCAAGCGGAGACGCCCCCAAAAGGCCUCCUAGGAAAACAGACUCGCAAAAGAGCAACUCUUAUUACAGCCUUACACAAAACCUUUCAGUAGAUUCCGAAAAAGGUGACGAGAGCUUAGCUGGAGCAGCUGAGCUGGAUACAGAAUCCUAUGGGGAAUAUGAAAGCGCCAUGAGCUCUGAGAAAAUUCAAGAUAAUGCUUACCAAGUAGCUGCUAUCACUGAAACUACUAGUCUACCAGGAGACGACGAUAGAAGACCUUUAACGCCACAUACAGCUCAUGAAAUUGGUUCGGAUCUUAGAGUAAACAGAAGCGAAAGCCAAGAAAUGAAGAGAUCUAGAAGAAGACAUUCAUCGCAAAGUUCUGACGAGAUGUCUAAAGACGGGUUCAAAAGAGGUGCCAUUAAAAAAGCCGUCAGCUUAGAAAUAGCCGAUACAUUCCAAAGAGAUCUGCAAGGAGAAGAAGGUGAUGGAUUAGUUAUCGAUCCAACGAUCACUGCCAAUAAAAUCACCGAACUAAUUAACCAAGAAAAUAAAGUUGUAGAAGAAUUACAAAUAACCCUAGAUGAGAUACUUAAAGGUCUGCUUAAUGUCGAGGAUAAUUUAUCAAUACAAUCUGCAGAAAAAUCCACAACUUCAACAGCUGAUAGAAGCAACGAAGUGCUGAAGAGCAUCUCGCAACCAAUUAUAGACAUUAAAACAAUUUUCGAGUCUUUUAACCAAAGAGACACAAAACCAGAAAUCUACAUAGUGGAGUUACUAGCUCCUUCAAUAUUUGAUCUACAAAAGAGCUUAUUAGUAAUAGAAAACUGCAUAAAUAUCAAACGUAAAGAACACACUUUGAUUCAAAAAACCUGUUCUAACAUCCUAAAAACUUCUGGUGUCAACAUCCAAAGAGCUUUAAAUUCGUUCGAAGAAAUAGCUGUAUUAGAAAAAGAACUAAAUAUCACUCAAGCUACUGGUAGAAUGACUCCAUCGAAGAUUAUCCAAGAAGUCUGCAUUACCAUAAAAGAAAUGCAUGGCAAAUUAGACAAACUUAACUCAGCUUUAGCAGAAAAAUCAUCCCAACAAACCUCACCAUCACCAGAUACAUCAUUAAGAAGGUUGUCUGCUAGCAAGGAUAUUGACGUCCUUGAUAGACUAAUAGACGCAGCCUCAACCAUCAAAACAGCUCUUCAAACUCUAGAAAGAACAGUCCAAUUUCAAGAAAUUUUGGAUAAACUACAAGAUCCAGUUGAAGUAUUAAUUAAAGAAAUGAAAGUCAUACAAAAAGAAGCCGUGAGAUACACAGCGGAAAAAUCUUUACAGCAAGAAAUACGUCGUGCUCUUUUGGAUAAUAUUAGCACACCUGUUGAUGAAAUCUCCAAGGGUUUAAACGUUAUAAAAAUUCAAGAACCUGGUGAUUUACACGCUGGUAUGAUAAGUAGGAACGUUCUGGAAUCUCUAGAGUCUCCAGUAGAAUCAAUAAUACACUCGCUAACAAGAAUCAAAAACCAAGCGGUUGUAGCUAAAGAAGCAGAAACGUCAGUAACUUCAGACGAAGUAUUCACCGAAGUUUUAGACAAAGUCACCAAACUGGUUUUCACCAAUAUAAAACAGUCUAUCGAAGAAUUACUACAAAGCAUAGAUGCUGCUAGAAUAAACGUAUCGGAUAGUAUUAUUUUGGAAGCAUUGAGCCAUUUGGGAAUUUUACAGAGAGAUCUAGAGGUGACGGUUGUCGAAGCCAGCAAUUUUCAAACCCAUGCUACAGUUUCUGCAUUAGAAAACUUAAGCGAACCAAUACAUUUAUUAAACAGUCUUGUUAGGAGCAUUACACCGACUUCAGGAAAAUAUAUUUUAGAAGACAGUAUUAAUUUGUUGAAUAUUUUAGAAGACUGCGUAAUAGUCGAUGAUAUUAUCCUUCAAAGUAUGGAUUUGUGUAUCAUAUUUUCGAUUUUACGAGGCAAAAUUUGUGAAAUCAGAGAAAAUAUCAGUACUUUAAUAGACCAAGAAACUCCUACUGACGAUAAAAUUGAAGAUAACGUUGUUGUUUUACUAGAAGAAGAAUUAUCUACAGUAAUAUCCGAUGCACUAAUUGAAGAUACCAAAACAUCUUUAGAUCAGUUGAACCAAAAAUGCGUGGAACCUUAUCUAAGCAUGCUAGAUCCAUUCUUAACUAGAAUAAAAGAUCUUAACAUAGCUGUAACUGAUGAGCUUUUAGUUAAAACUAAAACAGAAUUAACUGUCAACGAUCGUGUGCUUUUACAAAAACACGUCAUACCUUUAGAAAUGAUCGAAGAUCUGAUAAUAGGUUCUCUAGAUUUACUAGCAAGCCAACCUGCCGAUGAAUCUAAAAACGAACUGUUUCAAGUGUUGCAACAUUUACAAUACAACGUUGCCGUGAUGCAUCAACAGAUUCUGGAUGAAACUCAGCAUUUGGACGUUAUGGUGCAGCAUAGUGAAGAGAACAUUAAUGAACUGAAAGCUAAAAUUAGUACAGUAAGAAGUCUGCCUAUUCUAAGUGGCUCAAUAGAUCAUGUACCUACAGAAUUACGUGCAAUAGCUGCAGAAAAUAUCUUUGAACUUGAAAAAUCUUUGGCAAUGUUUUAUGAGGUUGCAAUGAGCGAACAUAACGAACAAAUACCUUUAGAUUUUUAUGAAGUUUCAACGCAAUUGCUGGAUCAAAUCGAAGAUAUCAAAAACACCCCUCUCUUUACUGAGACUGAGAAUGUAACAGUAGAAGACAUUGAAAAUAUACAGAAACUAGCACAACCAUUAGAAAAAUUGGAUACCUACUUACAGAAUAUUCAAAACGAUCAAGAUUACAGGAAACAAAUAUUUUCAUCAAUUCGAGAUCCUCUUAUAGAAAUUAAUAAUAUACUAGAGGUAAUUCCAGAUGAGUUGAAGAUUAAAAUCUUCACCCUGUAUGGUCCUCUAAGAAAUACCAUUGAAAUAAUAUCGUUAGAAAUAUUUAACUUUGAUAUACAAACCAAAGAUUUGGAAUGUUUAGCUUCCAUAGCUGAUUUACUUAGUAAACUGAGAUCAUCUAUACCAAUCAGUAGCACUGUUUACGAAAUUUCUUCAAUUAUAGAAGAACUGACACCUUGUGCCAAAGAUCUUUUAGACAAAUUAAAAGAUAUUAACAACGAUAGCUUGAGACAUAUAAUUUUUUCAUUAGCCGAAUUCAUAGGAAGCAUCCUAGAAUUACAUGACCACUUAAACGAAGGAGAUCGGACUUCAGAGACAGCUUUCAGAAGCAGACAUUUAGAAAACAUAGACAACAGUAUUUUCAACUUGAAAUCUUUACCACGGACCACAAAUCUCGAAAACGUAAUCAAAGAACUAGAGGCAGCUGUCGAAAUAAGCAAUAUACUUUUCUUGAAAGAACCUUCAGGCAGUAUUUCAAUAACCCAAGCUGAGAAUAUCUUGGUACUACUGGAUGUCGUAGUAGAACAUAUUUCUAAUAAUGUAUUCCUACCAGAAGACUUAGAUAGACUUAACAUACUAACCAAAGAUAUAGAAAAUGUUACUAUUAUAUCAGACAUAGAUAUACUUUUUGCAGAAACUCUUCGUGGGGUAAAUAUAUUACUAACUUAUUACAUCAAAGACAAUCUUCUUGAAACCAAUCAGUUCAUAUCUUUGGAUGCUUUACAAAAUGCAGUCAAAGCUGUAACUGAAACAACUUCAACUGUAAAAGAACCUUUAACUAACGCUUUACAAGUAAUAAAUGAUAACUGUUCAGAAAUACUUUAUUCUGAUCAAGCACAAGAAAUUAUUGAUAUUACUAGUAAUAUAGUCAAAACUUUUACAAAUUCCGAUACUGACAAUAACCUUCUGCUAAAUCUCGAAGAUGAUCUAACUAAUUUAGAAAAUUUGACGGCUAAUGUAAGCAACGAAACUUUAGUAGAAGCCACACAGAAUAUUAGUAACAUAAUAACAGUAGAAUUGCAUAAAAAAUUGCUAAUCGGAAAGAUAGAGGAACUGAGGGUGAAAUUAGGAAAUUUGGAACAACCAUGCUUGGGAACUGUACAGAAUAUUCUACUCGAAAAUACUAAUAAGAAUUUGCAAACUUUAGAAAGAGCAAUACCACAUAUAAGCUGCAAUAAUCCCGUAGAAGUAGCGUUUAUAUCAGAUGUUGUAAAAGAUGUAGCGCAGUUAGCAGAUUGUACAGUUAGAAAUAUUCAAGAAGAGCAAAUACCUGUUUUAGAAAUCGAUAGAAUCAUUGAAAAUCUUCGAAAUGCUAACGAAACGGACCCAGUCAUUACAGAGCUGUUGGAAGAUUCGAUAAAAACUCUGAAACAAUUGAACGAAGAAAUAAUUGAUCAAAACUUAACCAAACAAUGCGUGAAGUUAUUAAAAGAAACGGCAAACGUAGAGACCCAUAUUUAUCAACCAGUUGUGUCCCACACUCAAGUUUUGUUAAAUGAAAUUGAAUCAGUCAUUCCUGAUAUGGAGAAAAGUAACUCAACAGGACAAUUACGUGAAAAUUUAACAAAUAUAAACAAAAUUUUGAAUAACGUGUUAUUGAAUAACUCCAGUUCUUUGGAAGAACUUCAACUCAAUUUGGAAAAAUUAAACUUGUCAGUGGGGGAUAUCAUUCUUCCCGAAGACAGUAAAAUGGAGGUCUCUUCUAAAAUAGAAGCACUGAAAGCUGACAUACCCAAAUUAAAGUCUAUUAGCCAAUCUGUAAUACUGUUAAAGAACAACCUUCCUCAAAUAGAAGUCUUAUCUCAACCAUUAACCCAACAAUACGAAGAACUAAUUGAAAAAAUUGAAAGUACCACGCUAAAAGAUGAAAAUAUUUACCAAUUAGAAAAAAUUACUGGCAAUUUCAAUCAAGCAGUUACAGAAAUUCUAACAGAUAAUAAUGAAGAAAGUCUUCAUCGUUUAGAACAACAACUGGCCUCUUCUACCUUUGUUAAUGAAAAUAUUACCAACUCAUUCAAAAAUGUCAUCGUUACAUUACACAAUAUCUUAGAAGAAAAACGUUCUCAAGUUAUACCACAAGCACAAAUUGAAACACCAACACAAGAAACUAUACCUAAAGAUAAAAUUGAAGAAGAGAGUCAACAACAAUCUCAAAUCACAUCACAUGAUGAAACGGAAACAAAAUUGAAAAUUGAAACACAAGCUGAUAUAGAAGCUGAUAUAGAAGCUGAUAUAGAAGCUGAUAUAGAAGCUGAUAGAAGAGAUGAUAUGCCACAAACUGAAAUAAAGAUUAAAGCGCAAGAUGAAGUAAAAACAGAACCACAGGAAGAAGAUAUUCUUGAAACACUGAUUGAAGAACAAGUUAAAUUGAGGGAUGAAAUAAAAACAGAACUUCAAAUUGAACCACAGGUUGAUAAGCAAGUAAUCGAGAAGUCUGAAAUUGAAACAAAGAAAGAAACAAAAAGUGAAGAAACUAAGCCUAAACAACAAGAUGUAGCAGCAAUAGCUCUUAUAGAUGAUGUUGAGACGCAAGUUAAAUUAAAGAACUUGGAGGAACUAAAACACAUUAAGAAAAUCUUAGAAGGAGACGACCAAUCUUGGAGCGCUCCAUUACAUAAUUUAUUGCAAUUUAUAAUAAACGAAACUGAUCUAGUUGCUUCUGAUAUAAGCAACGAAGAUACCGAAGCUGCUGAAAAAACGUUGGAAUAUCUAAACUUAUUUAUUAAAUCCAUAACUCAGUAUUACAAUAACGAAAUAACUUACUCACAAGUUUUGUCUGAAUUGAAUAGAUUAGUUGCUGAUGUGGAAAGUGUCAAAAUGAUUUCCGAGUUUAACAAUAUCUACGAAUCUAUUAACGAAACUAUUGGUAUUGGAACAGAUAUGUUUGAAAAUAAACAUCUUGAAGCUAUUAAAGAUUGCCUGACAGAGGAAUUGAAUGAGCUUCAGGAGACCUGUACCAAAAAUAAGAAUAAAAAUUACCAUAAGAAUAUUUUACCUGACAGUUUAUAUUACACAAUACCAUUGAUUCUAAGCAACUUAUCUGACAUGUCACAAUUAAACGAAAAUGAACUGAAUUUUAUAGAAACCGCAACUGCUGUAGUAUCUGAAAUAAAAGCUUUCAUAAAAUCAGAAGACUACAACAUCACAGAUCAAUAUAUUUCAAUAAUUUCAGAUUUUCUGGACAGGAACAAACUAGAUACUUCGAUAGAAUUUUUAAAGCACCUCAAUCUCUUGAUAACCAAGAGUUUAUAUCUAAUGAAAGAUAUAAAAGCAAUUGAGAAAGAAAAUGAUAAAAUUAAAAUGGAAAAUAUCCAACUGGCUUCCGAUUCCAUGCAGACUCUAUCGAGAAAAAUUACUGCUAUAAAAUCUAAACGACUGGAUAACGAUAAAGUAAUUCACCUACAAAAGUGUACAAGUGUUCUGCAAACGGCUAUAUUUGAUUUGAUAGAAAAGCCUUUAAACGAACGUGACAAUAAAUUCCUAGAAAACAUCAGCAAAAUCUUUGAAGAAAUCGAAAUUUUUAUAGGCGAAAUGCUCGAUGUUGAAAAUGCUUCUCCAGCUCAUCAAAACCAAGUCAGGAUAUUUCUGAAUAUACUAAAAGAAGCAUCAAAAUCUGUUGAUGAAACUUCACCAAUUAACCAAAUCUCUGAAUCAAUUAACCACUUCGUGGAAGCUUUACCUGACAUUUUGAAUCAACUAGAACAAGCUCAUUCAGAAGAUAUUAAGGCACACGUAGCUGAUGUCGUACUUGCAGACUUAAAGGCUCAAAAAGAACCAAAUUUAAAAGAAUAUUUAGAUAAUUAUAGGGACAUAUGCAUGCCUUAUCUAAUUGAAGAAGAAAACAGUGUUAUUCUUGAAGCAAAAUCAGCAAUAGAAUCAUUCCAAGCUGGUUCGGUCAUAGACACUAAAAGUGUAAAAGAGAAGUCGUUACAAAUAUCUUCACCAGUUGGUCAAUUCGUCAAUCAAUUGAUUAACUAUGUUGACAAUUUAAUAGCUGAAUCCCAGCAUCCCGUUGUUGAAGAACUAGCUAUUCAAACUUUAGAUUCUGUUGAGGAAACAGCUUUAAUGGAGACAGAAGUGGAUGCAUCAAAAAAGAAAGAAAUUCAAGUAGAAGAGCUAAUAAAAUACCCCGAAGAGGCAGAGCCUAAACCAAUUGAAGACGUAGUUAAAAAGAAAAAUGAAGAAAUUGUGGAAAUAUUUCCAGAAAAAGUUAAAGUUAUACAGGAGGAACUUGAAGAUACAAUUACUCCUGUAGAGGAAGUAUUGUUCCUAAAAAGUCAACCAGAAGAGAAGACCGAUAUUGGAAUUCCAAUAAAAGUUGAAGAUGAGUUAAAACCAGUAAAGAGUGAAGAAAAGGACGACAGUAGAAUAAUUGAAAUUGAAACAAAGGAGGCGCCUAAAAUAAUAGAAGAAAUUCAAAUUGAAGAUAUUGAUAAAGAUACAGAAAUGGAAGAAAAUAAAGCAGACAAGCCAGAAAGUAUUGAAUCUGCAGCCGAGGGAAUAACUGACAUAAUUAAAGUUGAACAGAUUAGUGAUAAAGCAGAAAUAAUUACAAUCGUUCAAGUGGAAACCGAAGUUCAAAAACCUAUACCACAAUCAGAUUCAGAAAUAACAGAAAAUAAAGAAGACAAACUUAAAAAUAUUGAAUCUGCAGCUGACAUUCUCCUAGAACCUAAAGAGAUAAUAACUAACUUAAAUAAAGUUGAACAGAUUAGUGAUACAGCAGAAACAAUUACAAUCGUUCAAGAGGAAGCCAAAGUUCAAAAACCUGUACCACAACCAAAUUCAGAAAUAACAGAAAAUAAAGAAGACACACCUAAAAGUAUUGAAUCUGCAACUGACAUUCUCCUAGAAACUAAAGAGAAAAUAACUGAUAUAAAUAAUGUUAAACAGAUUACUGACACAGUAGAAACAAUUACAAUUGUUGAAGAGGAAGCCAAAGUUCAAAAACCUGUACCACAACUAGAUACAAAAAUUGAAGAAAAUAGAGAAAACAAACCCCAAAGUAUUGAAUCUGCAGGCGCCAUUCUCCUAGAACCUAAAGAGGGAGUAACUGACAUAGAUAAACUUGAACAGAUAAGGGGCACAGCAGAAACAAUUACAAUCGUUCAAGAGGAAACCGAAAAUCAAAAAUCUGUACCACAACCAGAUGCAAAAAUUGCAGAGAAUAAAGAAGAUAAAUAUCAAAGUAUUGAAUCUGCAGCCACCAUUCUCCUAGAACCUAAAGAGGAAGUAACUGACAUAGAUAAACUUGAACAGAUAAGGGAUACAGUAGAAACAAUUACAAUCGUUCAAGAGGAAGCCGAAGUUCAAAAAUCUGCACCACAACCAGAAAUAGAGGAAAAAACAAAAAAAAGAACGAUAGAAAUGGAAGAAAAUAUAGAAAUCGAAGAAAUGAAAGAAACACCAAAAGAAGAAACACAAAUAGAAGAAAAAACCGAGGUUAAAACAGAAACGACUGUUCUUCCUAGCCAAUAUAUAACACAAGAAAUUAUAGAAGCUGUAGUCGAUAAACAAGAAGACGGAAUAGCAACAACCGAAAAUAUACCUAGGGAUCAACUUAUUAAAGAAGUUGAAGAAUUACCACAAGAAUCUGUUAAGAUCAUCGAUGUUAAAGCUGCAGAAAGCAUAGUUCAAACAGCAGAAGUAGUGCCACAAAUUCAACCGAUUUUAGAUUCUUUGAGCCAUUUAAGUUCAACCCUUUGCGAAAUAGAGACCCAACCAUUACCGGAAUUGAGGAAAGUAGCUUUAAACGACCUCCAAAAAUCUUUAAAGAUCAUCGAAGAAACCAUAAGAAAUAAAACAUCGGCUAGUAUUACAGAUGUAGAGAACUCAGCUUUAGCCGAAGCAAACAACACUUUAAACAUUUUGAAUAGUUACAUCCUAUCUACACAAACUGAAGACGAAUUUGUUGAAUCCUUAACAGCUGAAAAUGUUAAAGCUGCUAUUGAAGAACUUCGACUAGCUGUGGUCGUAAUUCCUAAAGAAUCUGACGUUAAAGAUGCCAUGGAACAUUUAGAAGAAACUGUUAAGAACGUCAUCAACUUGGUCGAAAAUAUUCCUUUGAAAACGGAAGAAAAGUUGAGAAUACUUUGCUAUAUUGAGAAACUGACUGAAGUUGUGGAGAUUUUAAAAUCUGAUUGUACAGACGAACAAGCUCCUAUUUUAAUAAAAUUAGAACAACUGUUAAAAACUGUCGAAGUCUCUCUAGGUGAUGUAAGAGUAAAUACCGACAUGGAACAAACGGUAUUAGAAAUUAUUAAUAAUUGUUUAGAUGAAUAUAAUGACGUUCUCCAAUUCUUGAAUAAAUACAGCAAAUUAUCUGACGAAGAUGUAGUAAAAAGCUUGAGGAAUAAGAACCAGUUGCUUAAUAAUGAGCUUCAGAACUUACCACGCGAGUCUGCUGUUGUUAUUUUCGGAGACAAAAUCAUCUCUAUCGGUCAGGAUAUCGUGUCCCUUCUUUCGUUGGAAAAAUCUACGAUUUGUGCUCCGUUGCAAGACUUUCAACUAUCCAUCCAAACUCUACAGGACGCUCUUAAUUCAGGUGAGUCUAGCUCUGAACGCAACCCCCAAAAGCAGUUUCUAUCUGAAAUACGUAGACCUUUAACUACAUUGCAUUUCAUUGGUGUAACUGUAUUAGAGGAUAAAAAAAUUAAUCUCUCUCCUAUUGAUAUACAACUAUUAGAAAUGGCUAACGAAUCAAUUAUAGACUUACAUAAAAUUGUUAACGAUAUAGAUCAUAAUUCUAUAAAUAACUUACAAACGUAUUCAGAUAAAUUAAGAACGUUUACGGAAAGUAUCAAUCAAGAUUCCCAGUUAAAAGACUUUUCUGAACCUUUAAAUGACAUUCUGAGAUGUCUAGAAAAGUUCCUAGACCAAAUCAAACGGUUUAAAGCGGAAAAAAUCGAAACGGCUAAAACCCGAAUAGAAAAAUCCUUAAAUAAACUGGAAUCAUCGAUUUCCAACAUCGAAUCGCAAAAUGUAAAACCCUUAGUAACUGAAAAACUCCAGAAACCACUCACAGCCAUCAAGCAACUAAUCGAAACAUCACCUGCUGAGACCAUGACUGAAGAUGAUAUUAAUUAUAUAGUCAAAGUAGGAGAAAUCAUGUCUGGUUUGCAAGAAUACAACGAAAAUUUAACAGCAAGUAUCAAAACUUUUACAGAAAGCGUUAUCGAAAUUAUUCAUAAAAACGGUAAUGAAAAUCAACUUUCGAACGCCUUAUCAAGCCAAUUGCAGGCUCUAAAUGAUAACAUCGAUUUGGCAUAUUUACUGGUUGAAGAACAAACAUCGUCAACAGACAUUCCAUCUACAAUAACGAAAGAAAUACGUUUAACAGCCACACAUCUUCUUAAAUAUCUGAUUGAAGCUAAAUAUAUACAAACAGGUAAUGUAAAGUUACUCUAUAAAUUAAAAGAACCUGUCGAAAAACUGUUAGUUCAACUAGACAAAUGUCUAGAUAUCCAUCCUUCAAAUGAAGAAGAAUCUAUAUUGAAAUCUAUUCAAAAACAUUUUCAGCAAUUAUGCAGCAAGGAUAUUCAUACUUCUGUCAUAGAAAAUUUCUUUGAAAUAUUAGAUUCUUUGCAAAAUAAACUAAUCAGCGUUUGUAUGAGAGCUGUUAUUACAAAAGCUGGCGAACAAAAAGAAGAUAUUUUAAAAAUUUUAAUAAAUCCUGUGGAACAAAUGUGUAAAAGUAUUAUAAAAAUUCAGAACGAAUUAUCCAGUUUAAAGGCUGUAGAUUCUGUAAUACAUGAUAUCAAAGAUAAUUCUCGUAUUCUCAUUGAAUAUUUAACAAAAAGUCAAGCAGAAGAAGUUUUAAAAUUAAAAGAUUUAACAAAUCCUUUGAGUAAUAUUAUUAAAUCACUAGAUAAAAAGCAACAAAUGCAAACCUGCUCUGAACUGGCAAAUAUUAUAACUGAAGAAAUCAAAGACAUAUCCACCAAAGCAUCAUUUUCUAAAAUAUCGUGUCAAAAUCCUGAUAUAAUAAAUGCUUUAUCAGUCCUCCAACUUUCGUUGGAAGAUCUUACAAAAACCCCAAUUGAAGAGAUCACUUUAAGUAAACUUAAAUGCCUAUCAACAGGUUUCAAAGAGUUAACUAAAGCAAUAAAACAUACAGGUUCGCAAGUAAAUAUCAAUCCUUUAGUAGCUUUGAAAGAACCCCUGCAUGAGAUCAAAAAAGAGCUUUUAACAUUACAAACCGCUGUUAUCAAUGAUAUGCCAUCACCAACUGUUGCUUUGAUUUCCGUAAUAGAUCUGUAUCAAGCAAUAAUUUCAAUUGAAGAUGCUUUGGAUCGAGUAGAGGAUGUAUCAUUUGAAGCUAGCGAGGCAGAAUGUUUACUGUCUGCACAAAUUUGCUUAGAAAAACUGGGAAUUGUUGUUGUGUUGUUACAAAGCUGUUUACAGAAGCCAGUGUUACAAGAAGUCGGUAAAGCAGUAUUAAAGGAAGCAUUAAUACAUAUCCAAGAAGCAUUCAACGUUCUAAAAGUUGCCCCAGCUUCACAAUUUAAAGUAACCUUAGAAGAACCACUGAAAGCCGUAUUAGCUAUAACGGAAGACCUGGAACAACAAUUGGUAAAUUCUGAAGAAAUUAUAUUACAAGAUAAUAUGAGGACUAUUGAAUCUAUCCAUGAAGUGAUAGUUAAAAUAAAAUCAUCAAACUUAGAUUUAGAAAUAGUGGAAGCUCUACAAGAACCUUUGAAAUUUCUGUAUGAUUCCAUUAAUCAUUUGAUUCCAAAUACAACGAAGAUAGAUUUAAAAAAGGAACAAGUACAUCAACUCUUAUUGAAACAAAAUAUUCUUCUGACUGAUUUAGAGCAAAUUCUUUCAAAUGCUGAGAUAGAAAACGUGGCAUUAAUAGAUAAUCUAAAAUUUUUGAAGUCUAACUGCUCAGAAAUAGUUGAUGUCUUUAGAGAAGACGCCGUGUUGCAAUGCCUUUGUGAACCAAACAAAUUCCUGAUUGUAAGCAUUUCUCAUUGGUUGGAAAACAACGAAACUUCAAAGAAAAUGUCAAAAACUCCAAGCAAAGACCAGCAAGUUUUAUCAGAAUUGUAUGGAAAAGUUAUAACAUUGCGUGGAGAACUUGAAAUGCUAAAUACCCAUCUUCAAGGGACUACUAGAAUUGAAGAAAGAAACAUUUUAUCAUUACUUACAGAAUUAAUAGGUCCACUAUUUAAUUUAUCUGCACAAAUAGAACUUACUGACAUUUUACCUGAAGAAUCAGAAGGUUUCAGACAAAACAUUGAUGAUAUUUCUAAUUUGUUACAGAUUUUGUCUAAUGUGAUAGAUAAGAGUAAUCAGAAAUUAACGAUUUCAGAAAAGACUGACAAAGAAAAUUUAAAAAUUAAACAAAUUUUGACAAAACUAAUUUCCAGUCUGAACAAAAUUAAAAAUUACGAAUGUAAGUUUACGCCUGGAUUAACAGUACUAAAUGAAAAACUGCAGUAUAUUCAACAACAAUUUGCUCAAAUUUCAACAGAAACCGACGCUCAAAUCAAUAAAAGUACAGAGGAAGCAAAAAUUAAACAGGAAAUAAGAAAAGACACGUCUUUCGUCAAAGAACUACGCCAAUCUGUACAAAUACUGGCUGUAGAAGUGACUUUACUUAAAACCAACGUAAAAGAAAGAUCCGAAAUCCUAGAAAAAGGAGUAUUAUCUAUUGUUAAAAUAUCUGCUUCUCUAAACGAUCUCUUACAGACAUUGGAGAAUAUUGAACAUAUACCUAAUGAUGGAUUGGAUGAUAUUACAGCUGAUACCUUUGAAAAAUCUGUUAGUGUUAAAGAUGAACUGGAAAAACUAACUGCCGUCGUUGUCAAAACAAACGAAAGCUUAAACAAACCGAAAAUUCUUGAGAAACAAAAAGCAGAAUUAAAAAAUGCUAUUGUAGCAGUGAAAGAAAAAUUAGACAAAGUUGUAACACAAACACUGCCAGAAAGUCAAAAACUUCGGCUCACAGAAGUUCAUCUUAAAGCAUUUACUGCCAAACUGGAAGAAGUGUUUAACGAAUUGACAGAAGAUGCAGUAAAAGUAAAAGAAAAUGAACCGAAUAAAGAAACACAAAACGAAAGAAAGCAAAGAAAGGAUAUCGCUCUCGUCGAAGAUCUCCAUCAACCCAUUCAAGUUUUAGCGGAAGAAAUUUCUUUACUUAAAGUUAAUGUAAAAAAAUACCCUCAACUUCCUCAAAAAGGAGUAUUGUCAGUUGUUGAAAUAUCUUCUUCUUUAAAUGACCUCUCACAGACCUUGAAAGAUAUUGAAAAAAUAAAUGAUGCUGGUUUGGAAGAUAUCAAAACUGAAACUAUGGAAAAAUAUGUCAGUGUUAAAAACGAACUGGAAAAACUAAUUUCAGUAAUUGUCAAAACAAACAAAAGUUUAAGAAAACCAAAAAUCUUGGAAAAACAAAAAUCAGAAUUAAAGAAAGCUAUCGUAGCGGUUAAAGAAAGAUUCGAAAACGUUGCAAUACAAACAUUGCCAGAAAGUGAAAAACUUCGACUCUGUGAAGUUCCUCUUAAAGCAUUUACGGCCAAACUUGAAGAAGUUGUCAAAGAGUUGACAGAAGAACUAGAAAAAGAAACAAAAAAUAAAGCAGAAGAAGAAACAAAACCAAGAAUGGAUACGGCUUUCGUCAAAGAACUUCGUCAACCUAUUCAAGUUUUAGCUGAAGAAAUUGCUUUACUUAAAGCCAAUGUAGAAUCAAACCCUCAACUUCUUCAAAAAGGAGUAUUAUCAGUUGUUGAAAUAUCUUCUUCUUUAAUUGACCUCUCACAGACCUUGGAAAAUACUGAACAAAUAGCUGAUGCUGGUUUAGAAGAUAUUAAAGCUGAAACUUUAGAAAAAUUUGUCAGUAUUCAGGAAGAAUUGGAAAAACUGACUGCAGUAGUUGUGAAAACAAACGAAAGUUUAAAGAGACCAGAAAUUAUAGAAAUGCAAAAAUUAGAAUUAAAGAAUGCUAUCAUAGCGGUUAAAGAAAAAUUAGAAAUAGUUGCUACAGAAACAUUGCCAGAAAGUCAAAAACUUCAGCUCUCAGAAGUUCCUCUUAAAGCAUUUACUGCCAAACUGGAAGAAGUUAUAAAAGAAUUGACUAAAGAUGCGGUAGAACAAGUCAAAGAGAAUGGACCAGAAAAAGAAGUAGAGAAAAAAACAGAACCAAGAAAGGAUACCGCUCUUGUCAAAGAACUUCGUCAACCUGUUCAAGUCUUAGCUAAAGAAAUUGCUUUACUUAAAGAUAAUGUAGAAAAAAAUAGUCAACUUCCUCAAAAAGGAGUAUUAUCAGUUGUUGAAAUAUCUACUUCUUUAAAUCAUCUCUCACAUACUUUGGAGAUUAUUGAAGAGACAGCUGAUGCUGGUUUGGAAGAUAUCAAAGCUGAAACUCUAGAAAAAUCCGUGAGUAUUAAGGAAGAACUGGAAAAACUAACUGCAGUAAUCGUCAAAACAAACGAAAGUUUAAGAAAACCAGAAACUUUGGAAAAACAAAAAACAAAAUUAAGGAAUGCUAUUGUAGCAUUUAAAGAAAAGUUAGAAACAUUUUCUACACAAACUUUGCCAGGAAGUCAAAAACUUCAGCUCUCAGAAGUUGCAUUUAAAGCAUUUACUGCCAAACUGGAAAAAGUUGUCACGGAAUUGACAGAAGAUAUCACAGAACAAGUUGAAGAAAAAGAACAAGAGAAAGAAAGAGGAAAAGAAUUAGAAAAAGAAACAAAAUCAAGAAAGGAUACCGCUCUCGUAAAAGAACUUCGUCAACCAGUUCAAGUUUUAGCUAAAGAAAUUACUUUACUUAAAGUUAAUGUUGAAGAAAACACUCAACUUUCUCAAAAAGGAGUAUUGGCAGUUGUUAAAAUAUCUUCUGUUUUAAAUGACCUCGCACAAAACUUGGAGGAUAUUGAAGAAAGAGCUGAUGCUGAUUUGGAAGAUAUUAAAACUGAAACUCUUGAAAAAUCUGUUAGUAUUAAGAAAGAAUUGGAAACAUUAAUUGCAGUAAUUGUGAAAACAAACGAAAGUUUAAAAAAUCCCGAAAUCAUAGAUAUGCAAAAAUCAGACUUAAAGAAUGCUAUCGUAGCAGUUAAAGAAUGCUUAGAAAAUUUUGCUGCACAAACGUUGCCAGAAAGUCAAAAACUUCAACUCUCAAAAGUGCCUCUAAUAGCAUUUACUGCCAAACUGGACGAAGUUAUCAUAGAGUUGACAGUAGAAGCAGAAGAACAAGUCAAAGAAAAUGAACCGAAAAAAGAACCGGAAGAAGAAACAGAAGAAGGAACAGAAAACGAAACAAAACAAAGGAAAGAUACCACUCUCGUCAAAGAACUUCGUCAACCCAUUAAAGUUUUAGCUGAAGAAAUUUCUUUACUUAAAUCUAAUGUAGAAUCAAACCCUCAACUUCCUCAAAAAGGAGUAUUAUCAGUUAUUGAAAUAUAUGCUUCAUUAAAUGACCUCUCAGAGACCUUGAAGAAUAUUGAACAAAUAGCUGAUGCUGAUUUGAAAUAUAUUACAGGUGAAACUCUGGAAAAGUCUGUCAGUAUUAAGAAAGAACUGGAAAAGCUAACUACAGUAGUUGUAAAAACAAACGAAAGUUUAAAGAGCCCAGAAAUCUUGGAAAAACAAAAAACAGAAUUAAAGAAUGCUAUCGUAGCAGUUAAAGAAAAAUUAGAAAAAGUUGCUUCGCAAACGCUGCCAGAAAGUCAGAAACUUCAGCUCUCAGAAGUUCCUCUAAAAGCACUGACUGCCAAACUGGACGAAGUCAUCAAUGAGUUGACAGUAGAGGCGGAAGAACAAGUCAAAGAAAGAGAACCAGAAGAAGAAACAAAAAGAGGAGAGAAAGAAAUAAAACCCAGAAUAGAUACCGCUCUCGUCAAAGAACUUCGUCAACCCAUUGAAGUUUUAGCUGAAGAAAUUUCUUUACUUAAAUCUAAUGUAGAAUCAAACCCUCAACUUCCUCAAAAAGGAGUAUUAUCAGUUAUUGAAAUAUAUGCUUCAUUAAAUGACCUCUCACAGACCUUGAAGAAUAUUGAACAAAUAGCUGAUGCUGAUUUGAAAGAUAUUACAGGUGAAACUCUGGAAAAGUCUGUCAGUAUUAAGAAAGAACUGGAAAAGCUAACUACAGUAGUUGUAAAAACAAACGAAAGUUUAAAGAGCCCAGAAAUCUUGGAAAAACAAAAAACAGAAUUAAAGAAUGCUAUCGUAGCAGUUAAAGAAAAAUUAGAAAAUGUUGCUUCGCAAACGCUGCCAGAAAGUCAGAAACUUCAGCUCUCAGAAAUUUCUCUAAAAGCACUGACAGCCAAACUGGACGAAGUCAUCAAUGAGUUGACAGUAGAGGCGGUAGAACAAGUCAAAGAAAGAGAACCAGAAGAAGAAACAGGAAGAGGAGGAGAGAAAGAAAUAAAACCCAGAAAAGAUACUGCUCUCGUCAAAGAACUUCGUCAACCCGUUCAAGUUUUAGCUGAAGAAAUUUCUUUACUUAAAGCUAAUGUAGAAACAAACUCUCAACUCCCUCAAAAAGGAGUAUUGUCAGUUGUUGAAAUAUAUUCUUCUUUAAAUGACCUCGCAGAAACUUUAGAGAAUAUUGAACAAAUAGCUGAUGCUGAUAUGGAAGAUAUUAAAGCUGAAACUCUGGAAAAAUCUGUCAGUAUUAAGAAAGAAUUGGAAAAAUUAACUUCCGUAAUUGUUAGAACAAAAGAAAAUUUAAAGAAACCAGAAAUCAUAGAAAUGCAAAAAUCAGAACUAAAGAAUGCUAUUGUAGCAGUUAAAGAAAAAAUAGAAAAGUUUGCUGCACAAACUUUGCCAGAAAGUCAGAAACUUCAGCUCUCAGAAGUUCCUUUAAAAGCAUUCAAUGCCAAACUGGGCGACGUUAUCAUAGAGUUGACAGUAGAGGCAGUAGAACAAGCCAAAGAAAAUGAACCGGAAAAAGAACUGGAAGAAGAAACAGAAAGAGGAACAGAGAACAAAACAAAACAAAGGAGAGAUACCUCUCUCGUUAAAGAACUUCGUCAACCCCUUCAAGUUUUAGCUGAAGAAAUUUUUUUACUUAAAUCUAAUGUACAAUCAAACCCUCAACUUCCUCAAAAAGGAGUAUUAUCAGUUGUUGAAAUAUCUGCUUCAUUAAAUGAGCUCUCACAGACCUUAAACAAUAUUGAACAAAUAGCUGAUGCUGAUUUGGAAGAUGUCACAGCUGAAACUCUAGAAAGGUCUAUCACUAUUAAGGAAGAAUUGAAAAAACUAACUAUAGUAAUAGUCAAAACAAACGAAAGUUUAAAGAUACCAGAAAUAUUGGAAAAACAAAAAACAGAAUUAAAGAAUGCUAUCGUAGCAGUUAAAGAUAAAUUAGAGAAAGUUGCUGCACAAACGUUGCCAGAAAGUCAGAAACUUCAGCUCUCAGAAGGUCCUCUUAAAGGACUUACUGCUAAAUUAAAAGAAGUCUUGAAGGAAUUGGAAGAAGUUCCUGUGGAACAAGAAACAAAAAAAGAAGCGGAAAGAGAACGAAUACCAAGAAAAGAUACCAGUCUUAUAAAAGAAAUUCGUCAGCCAGUGCAAGUUCUUGCUGAGGAAGUGGCUCUACUUAAAGUAAAAGUAGAAAAAAUUCCUAAAACUCCUCAAUCAGGAGUAUUGACCAUUGUUAAAAUAUCUGCUUCUCUAAAUGAGCUAUCACAGAUCUUGGAGAAUAUUGAACAAAUAGAUGAUACGAAUUUGGAAGAUAUCAAAGCUGAAACGUUGGAACAUUCUGUUAUCAUUAAAGAAGAAUUGGAAAAACUGACUGCUGUAAUUGUAAAUACAAAUGAAAGCUUGAAAAAACCGGAAAUAUUGGAGAAACAAAGAGCAGAAUUAAAGAGCGCCAUUGUGGCGGUAAAAGAAAAAUUGGAACAAUUAUUAACAAAAACAUUGCCUGGAAGUCAAAAACUCCAGCUCUCCGAAGUUGCUUUUAAAUCACUUACUGCAAAACUGGAGGAAGUUUAUAAAGAAUUGUUAGAAAAAGAAGGAGAGACAGCAGAAGAAGCAGAAGCAGAAACAGAACCAAUUCCUAAAAAAAAUAUCGCACUCAUUAAAGAACUUCGUCAACCAUUCCAAGUUCUAGCUGAAGAAGUGGCUCUACUUAAAUUUACUGUUGAGAAGAUUCCUCAGCUUCCUCAAAAAGGAGUUUUAUCCAUUAUUGAAAUAUCUGCUUCUCUAAAUGACCUCUCAAAAUCCUUUGAGAAUAUUGAUAAAAUUCCUGAUGCUGAUUUGGAAGAUAAUAAAGAUGAAACUCUGGAAAAAUCGGUCAGUAUUAAAGACAAAUUAGAAAAAUUAACUGCAGUAAUUAUCAAAACAAACGAAAGCUUAAAAAAACCAAAAAUUGAAGAAAUACAAAAAUCAGAAUUAAAGAAUGCCAUUGUAGCGGUUAAAGAAAAAUUAGAAAAAUUUGUUGCACAAACAUUGCCAGAAAGCCAAAAGCUCAACCUUUCAGAAGUUCAUCUUAAAACCUUUACUGCAAAACUGGAAGAAGUUGUCAAAGAAUUGACGGAAGAUGCAGUAGAAGAACUGCAAGAAAAAGAAUCGGAGAAAGAAACAGAAGAAUCAGAGAAAGCAGAAUUACCAGAAACUGUGGUAAUAACAGAAAUAGGAAAAAAUACAGAAAUAGAAAAUGAACCAAAACUAAGAAAAGAUACUGCUCUUAUCAAAGAACUUCGACAACCUGUUCAGGUUCUAGCUGAAGAAGUGGCUUUACUCAAAGCUAAUGUAGAAAAAACACCUAAGCUUUCUCAAAAAGGGGUUUUUUCACUUGUUCUAACAUAUUCGUUCCUUAACGACCUCUCACAGACUUUGGAGAAUAUUGAACAAAUAGAUGAUGCUGGCUUGGCAGAUAUCAAAACUGAGACUCUGGAAAGAUCUGUCAGUAUUAAAGAUGAAACAAAAAAAUUAACAGCAGUUAUUGUCAAAAUAAACGAAAGCUUAAAUAAAUCAAAAAUUUUAGAAAUACAAAACACAGAUGUAAAGAAUGCCAUUGCAGCGGUUAUAGAACAAUUAGAAAAAGUAGUUGUACACACAUUUCCAGAAAGCAAAAAGCUUCAGCUCUCAGAAGUUCCUUUCAAUGCACUUACUUCAAAACUAAAAGAAGUCAUCAAAGAGAUAACGGAAGCUCCGGUAGAACAGGUGCAAGAAACUGAAACAGGAAAGCAAACAAAACCAAGAAACGAUACAAAUCUUAUAAAAGAACUUCGCCACCCAGUGCAAAUGCUAGCUGAAGAAAUUGCUUUACUUAUGGCCAAUGUUAAUAAAAACCCUCAACUUCCUCAAAAAGGUGUAUUUUCUGUUAUUAGAAUAUUUGCUUCCCUUAAUGACCUCUCACAGACCUUGGAGUAUAUUGAACAAAUGGAGGAUUCAGGUUUGGAAGACAUGAAAGACGAAACUCUGGAAAAAUCUGUCAGUAUUAAAGAAGAAAUGGUAAAACUAACUGCAGUAAUUGUCAAAACAAACAAAAGCAUAAAAAAACCAACAUUUUUGGAGAAACAAAAAACAGAAAUAAAGAAUGCCAUUGUAGCGGUUAAAGAAAAAUUAGAAAAAGUUGUUACUCAAACAUUACCAGAAAGCCAAAAGCUUCGGCUCUCAGAAAUUCCUCUCAAAACACUUACUUCAAAACUGGAAGAAGUUGUCAAAGAAUUGACACAGGAUGUAGUGGAAGAGCGGCAAGAAAAAGAACCGGUAAAAGAAUCAGAAAAAUCAGAAAAAGAAAUAAUGAAAGUAACUGAAAAAGUAGUUUCAGAAGUAGAAAAAGAUGCAGAUAAAGCAACAGAACAAGAUAUAAAAAAAGAACCAACAGCAAGAAAGGAUACUGCCCUUAUCAAAGAACUUCGGCAACCUAUUCAAGUUCUAGCUGAAGAAGUGGCUUUACUUAAAGCUAAUGUAGAAAAAUCUCCCAAGUUUUCUCAGAAAGGGGUAUUGACUGUUGUUGAAAUAUAUUCUUUCUUAAAUGACCUCUCACAGACCUUGGAAAAUAUUGAACAAAUAUCUGAUGCUGGUUUGGAAGAUAUCAAAGUUGAAACUCCCGAAAUAUCUGUUAGCAUUAAAGAAGAAUUUGAAAAACUAACUGCUAUUAUUGUCAAAACAAAUGAAAGCUUGAAGAAACCAAAAAUUUUAGAAAAACAAAAAACAGAAUUAAAGAAUGCAAUUGUGGCGGUUAAAGAAAAGCUAGAAAACACUGUUACACAAAUAUUGCCAGGAAGCCAGAAGCUUCAGCUUUCAGAAGUUCAUAUUAAAGCACUUACUGCCAAAUUGGAAGAAGUUGUUAAAGAAUUAACAGAAGCUACAGAAGAAAAGUCCCAAGAAAAAGAACCGGACAGAGAAAUAGAAGAAUCAGAGAAAGAAACAAUUAAAACACCAGAAAAAGUAGUGACAGAAGUAGAAGAAGCUGUCAAAAGAGCAACAGAAAAAGAGGUAGAAAAAGAACCAAAAGCAAGAAAGGAUACUGCUCUUAUCAGAGAACUUCGACAACCUGUUCAAAUUUUAGCUGAAGAAGUGGCUUUACUUAAAGCUAAUGUAGAAAAAACUCCCAAGCUUUCUCAGAAAGGGGUAUUGACUGUUGUUGAAAUAUAUUCUUUUUUAAAUGACCUCUCACAGACCUUAGAGAAAAUUGAACAAAUACCUGAUGCUGGUUUAAAAGAUAUCAAAGCUGAAACUCUGAAAAGAUCUGUUAGUAUUAAAGAAGAAUUUGAAAAACUAACUGCAGUUAUUAUCAAAACCAAUGAAAGCUUAAAGAAACCAAAAAUUUUAGAAAAACAAAACACAGAAUUAAAGAAUGCUAUUGUAGCAGUUAAAGAAAAGUUAGGAAAAGUUUUUACUCAAAUAUUGCCAGAAAGCCAAAAACUCCAGCUCUCAGAAGUUCCUCUCAAAGCACUAACUGUAAAACUGGAAGAAGUUGUCAAAGAACUGACAGGAGAUGCAGUAGAACAAGUGCAAGUCAAUGAACCAGAAGUUCCAACAAAAGAAAUUUCGCAAAAACUAAAUGAAGAAGUAGUAAUAAAUAUUUGUAAUUCAUUAAAUAGAUUAAAAUCAACUCUUCAAAAUAUUGAAAGUCCUAGUAUAUUGCUUAAUGAAACUAUUUUGGACAUAUCCGGCAUAACUGAAACCUUAUCUAUUUUGGAAAAUAAAUUUAAAACUGAAAAGCCGACCUUUAUUGAUGACAACUUAGUUAAUACACUAAUGUCAAUGGUAGAUACAUUUAAUAAUAUAGAUCAACUGAUUAUUCUAUUGAGUACUGCUCCAAUUGCUUUAAAUAUAGAUGAUAUUAGCAAAAAUACUUUGUCAAUCGCUGCUAACAUGAAAAAUGUAAGCGAUACUCUUAAUGUUUGCUUCUCAAGUACUGUUAUUGCUCCAUUGGAAUUUGUUACGCUAAAGUUGAACAAUUUGGUAGACAAUGUACAACAAGUGAAUGAAAUUUUAAGAGAAAUAAGUCAGAUUAAAGUUGAAACAUGUAGACUGCAUGAUUUUUAUAAAUGCAUUUUCUUCAAUGAUAAACUCAGUGAUAGUAAUCUUAAGAAAUUUUCAACAGUGCACGAGUCUAUAUUUAAACUAAUUGAUAUUGUGAACAAUAACGGCUUGGACUGGGCAGGAGUGCAAAGUUUAAAGAAAGUUGUUGAAUCUCUGGAUGCAGUUUCAAAAAUUGUUAAUGAUUCUGAGGUAUAUCUGCUGAAGGAAUUAACAAUAUCAAAAGACUGUUUAGAAAACGAAAUUAAAAAUAUUGUUAUCAGCGAGUUAAAAUAUGAAACCAACAAGAUAAUUAAAAAUAUUACGGAAUACUGCACUGAGACUAAUACAAAAUUAAUGUUUAGAUGUGAUCUUGAUACGAUCAAACAUUUAAAGUUACCAGUAACUCAGCUUGUCGAAGAACUCAAUAUCAUUAACAAAAAAAUAUCAAAAUCUGCCAAAUUUAUAACACAAUUAAAGAAACUAAAAGACUCAAUUGGCAAUUUUGAUGAAAAUUUAACAGUAAUUGAAAAAUCGAGUAUCCAUCAAAUUCCAAAUAUUUCCGGUCCACUAUUAGCCGAAUUGGAAAAAUUGGUUUCUCCAUUAGAAGAGCUGCUAAUUGAGUUAGUAAAAUUCAAUUCCAUGAUAGACAAACCAGAUAUCGAAAAUUACCAAGAGUUAGAGAACCAGUUCAAAAAACCAAUCAAACAAAUUAAAAUUAUUGAAGAUAUUCUUAGUUCAAACGACAUUUACAACAAUGUGCUAUUGAAACCAUUACAAAAUAUAAGAAAAGCUAUUGAAGAAUUUGAAGAAAAAAUAACAAUAGAAUCAACUUUAGAACAACAAGAAAAAUUAUCGAGAUAUUUAGAACCUUUUGUUAAAUUAUUAAAAAAUGUUGAGGUUGUCGGAUCAGAUAUUAAGCUUUUGACGCAACCACUUAGUGUAGCAAGUUCUUUGUUAAAGUUGGAGACUCCUAUAACAAAUAUAAUCGACAAUAUUAAAAAAUUAAAAGUAGCAUCCGCUAUUCUCAAAGAUCUAGAAUCUGUGUCAGCAUCAUUACAAAAACCUCUUUAUGAGCUAUCUAAAGUAAUUAAUAAUAUUAACAGUAUCAUGACAGAUACAGAAAUUCUGCAAGUAGAACUACCUGGUAUUAUUGAAUCCUUGAAAACUAUAUUACAAGAUUUAAACGCACCAGAAACUAUUAUUAAAUUAAGGAAAGUAAAUAUGGUUGAAGAUGUAGAAGAUGUUGUGAAAGUUUUGAAUAAGACUUUAGAUGAAGCUGGUAAAGAGAGGCUAGAUUAUAAAGUGUUGACCGAUCUUUACUCCUCAGGACAAAAUUUGAUCCGAUCCUUAGCUAGAUUAAACUCCAAAUCCAAGGUAUUUAAAGAAAUUGAUGAAGAACUAGUAUUGACGUUAAGUGAUUUACAUAACCCAGUUGACCUGUUGAUGGGAAACAUCAUGGUAGCUAGAGAAAUAGUUUUUAACGCAGAUUUUUCUAAAAAUUACGUUAAUAAUUUGAAUAAUAUCGGAGAUGCAUUAACUGGAGUUAGUUUAUUCUUGGAAGAUGUUUGCAAUAAUCCAGAAAACUUGAAAACAAUGAAAGAUUAUGAUAAAGAAAUUCAAUUACUGUUAAAAGGUACAAAAUCAGCAGCUGAAAAAACUUGUAAGGUGCUAGUUUUAAACGAGAAGAUGGAAAUAAUAUCACAAGCUUUAAAUUUGUUCAUCCAAGAUUUAAUUACUUUGGAAGAUAAAGUUAACAAAGAAAUAUGUGUACGAAGAAAUGAUUAUUUAUUUAUUAAGAAGCUUAAACAAUCGACCAUUGAUCUCAAGACAAGUAUAAUCAAAGCAUUAGGUACUAAAUUGAAACCUCUUGUAAACAGUUUAAACAUUCUCCAGGAAACUUUAAUAGAUCAAGAAAAGACAAUCAACACAAACAAUGAUGAUCUUCCAGAGACUUUGAUAAAUUCAAUACAGCUAAAUGUAAGUUUUAACAACUGUCAACAAAGUGACGCUCAAGAUCAAUUACGCGUUAUUUAUUAUCUGGACGAAUUGAAACGCGCAACAGAAAACACAAUAAGUGCGACCAACAAUUUAAAAUUUUUCCAACCUAUAAAUGCAGCCCUUGAAGUGCUUUUAGAAGAUAUUAAAAAUAUCUUUGAAAAUGAGAAACACAUCAAUGAAACGGAGGAGCCGAUAGAAAUAGUAGAAGAAAAGGAGGAAUUAAAAGAAACAGAAGUAAAAGAAAAAGACGAACUUCAUAAGGACGAAGACAAAGACAUUAAUCAAAAUGAAACAGAAGACCUGGAGAAAGAAGAAAUGAAAGAGAUAGAACAAAAAAAUGAAAAAAAUGAACUUGAAAAGAAGGAACAAGAAGAAAAAGAAAAGAAGGAACAUGAUAUGAAAGAAGAAGAACUGACAAAGAAGGAGGAAGAGUUAAAACAGAAAGAGAGAGAGGAAGUACUUAAAAAGACAGAAGAGUUGAAAAACAAAGAAAAAGAGGAGUUAAAGCAAAAAGAAACGGAAAAAGAGGAACAACUUAAAAAACAGGAAGAAGCAAAAUUAAAGAAAAAUAAAGAAAAGGAAGAUGCAUUGAAAAAGAAAGAACAAGAGAAGGAGGAACUUCGUAAGAAAGACGAAGAGGAAUUACAAAAGAAAGAGGAACUACGUAAGAAAGAAGAAGGCGAUCAUAGAAAGGCUGAUAAUUUGAAAGAGAAAGAAGAGGAAGAAUUAAAAAAGAAAGAAAUGGAAAAUGAGAGACUUGUUAAAAAAGACAAAGAAGCAAAAUUGAAAAAGGAAGAGGAAGAUAUGAAUAAGAAAAAACAAGAAGAGGAAAUACGUGCGACAGAAGAAUUGAAAAAGAAAGAACAAGAGGAAUUAAAACAGAAAGAAAAUGAAAAAGAGGAACUACUCAAAAAAGAUAAAAAAGCAAAAUUAAAGAAAAAGAUGGAAAAGAAGGAAGAAGAAAUAAAAAUUAAAGAACAAGAGAAAGAGAAACAACGUAAGAAAGAAGAAGACGAACUUAAAAAGGCUGAGAAACUGAAAAAGAAAGAAGAAGAGGAAUUAAAACAAAAAGCCGAAGAGCUAUUGAAACAGAAAGAAAUGGAAAAAGAGGAAGAAGCAAAAUUAAAAAAUAAGGAAAAGGAAGAAGACAUGAAAAAUAUAGAACAAGAGAAAGGAGAGCACGAUCUUAAAAAUACAGAAGCAUUGAAAAUGAACGAAGAAGAAUCAAAUCAAAAAGAAAAGGAGAAUGAAAAACUUCUUGUAAAAGAGGAAGAAUCAAAAUUGAAAAAAGAAAUGAAUAUAGAACAAGAAGAGGAAGUUCGUGCAAAAGAAAAAGAAGAAGAAGAAGAACUGCGUAAGAGAGAAGAAGAGAUACAACAUAAAAAAGACGAAGAACAUCGUAAAAAUAUAAAGGAAUUGAAAAAGAAAGAAGAAGAGGAAUUAAAGCAAAAAGAAAAUGAAAAAGAGGAACUACUUAAAAAAGAAAAAGAAGCAAAAUUAAAUAAAAAGAGGGAAAAGAAAGAAAAAGAACUGAAAAUAAAAGAACAAGAAAAAGAAAAACAACGUAAGAAAGAAGACGAACUUAAAAAGGCAGAGGAACUGAAACAGGAAGAAGAAAAGCAAUUAAAACAGAAAGAGGUGGAAAAAGAGAAACUUAUAAAACAAGAAGAAGAAGAAGAAGAAGAAGCAAAAUUGAAAAGGGAAGAGGAAUAUGUGAAUAAGAAGAAACAAGAAGAGGAACUACGUAAAGAAGAAGAGAUACAACGUAAGAAAGAAGAAGAGAUACAAAGUAAAAAAGAGGAAGAGAUACAACGCAAAAAAGAGGAAGAGAUACAACGUAAAAAUGAGGAAGAGAUAAAACUUAAAAAAGAGGAAGAACACCUUAAAAAGAUGAAGGAAUUAAAAAUGAAAGAAGAAGAGGAAUUAAAGCAGAAAGAAAAUGAAAAAGAGGAACUACUUAAAAAAGAAAAAGAAGCAAAAUUAAAUAAAAAGAGGGAAAAGAAAGAAAAAGAACUGAAAAUAAAAGAACAAGAAAAAGAAAAACAACGGAAGAAAGAAGAAGACGAACUUAAAAAGGCAGAGGAACUGAAACAGGAAGAAGAAAAGCAAUUAAAACAGAAAGAGGUGGAAAAAGAGAAACUUAUAAAACAAGAAGAAGAAGAAGAAGAAGCAAAAUUGAAAAGGGAAGAGGAAUAUGUGAAUAAGAAGAAACAAGAAGAGGAACUACGUAAAGAAGAAGAGAUACAACGUAAGAAAGAAGAAGAGAUACAAAGUAAAAAAGAGGAAGAGAUACAACGCAAAAAAGAGGAAGAGAUACAACGUAAAAAUGAGGAAGAGAUAAAACUUAAAAAAGAGGAAGAACACCUUAAAAAGAUGAAGGAAUUAAAAAUGAAAGAAGAAGAGGAAUUAAAGCAGAAAGAAAAGGAAAAAGAGGUACUACUUAAAAAAACAAAAUUGAAUAAAAAGACUGAAGAGAAGGAAGAAGAACUAAAAAUGAAAGAACAAGAGAAAGAGGAACAAUGUAAGAAAGAGGAAGGCGAACUUAAAACAGCAAAAGAAUUGAAUCAGAAAGACGAGAAUAAAUUGAAACAAAAAGUAUUGGUAGACGAGGAACUUAUUAAACAAGAGGAAGAAGCAAAAUUAAAAAAUAACGAAAAGAAAGAAGAGAUGAAAAAAAUAGAAAAAGAGAACGAAGAACUACGGAAGAAAGAAGAAGAAGAUAUUAAAGAGACAGAGUCAUUGAAAAUUAAAGAGAGAGAAGAAUCAAAACAAAAAGAAAAGAAGAAUGAGGAAGUUAUUAAAAAAGAGGAAAAAGCAAAAUUAAAAAAAGAGGAAGAAAUAAUUAAGAAGCAACAAGAAGAAAAACUACGUGUAAAAGAAAAAGAAGAAAUACGUAAGAGAAAAGAAGAGGUACAACGUAAAGACGAGACAGAACAGUUUAAAAAGAUAGAGGAAUUGAAAAAGAAAGAAGAAGGGGAAUUAAAGCAGAAAGAAAAGGAGAAGGAAGAAUUACUUAAAAAAGAAAAAGAAGCAAAAUUAAAGAAAAAUCAAAAGAUGGAAGAAGAACUGAAAGCAAAAGACCAAGAGAAAGUGGAACAACGUAAGAGAGAAGAAGAGGAAUUAAAAAAUAAGGAGCAACUGAAAAAGAAAGAAGAUGAAGUUAAAAAGGAGGAAGAAGCCAAAUUGAAAAAGAAAAAAGAGGACCAAGUAAAAAAGAAAGAAAUAGAGGAACUAAAACAGAAGGAAGAUAAAGAACAAAAACGUAAACUAGAAAUUAGAAAAACAGAAGAAACGCUUAAAAAGAAAGAAUUGGACCUAAACCAAACAGAAAAACUUUCAAAGAAAGAAGAAGAUACGAAAAAGAAAGGAGAAGAUGAGCUAUGUAUAAAAGAUGAUGAAAUAAAAACGAAAGAAGAACAAAAAAUUAAAAAGAAGAUAAGAGAUAAAGAUGACCUAAUAAUUCAAAGUGAAACUGGCGUAGAAAAAAAAAAUAUACAUCGUCAGAUAGACGAACAGAACUUAGAAAACGGAGAGAUUACAAAAAAAAGCAUUAAAGAUAACUCUAAAGUUACCGAUACAACUCGUCCAGUAAUAGACAAUCUAGACGAUUACAAACCACCAUCUUAUCAGGGCUCGGUCUAUGUUGGCAGGAAACCAUUCUUUAGUACCGGCUUGAAGAAUUCAUCAGCAAUCAUAGGCUCCAAUAUACAACUGAUUUGCAAUUUAGUUGCCGAUGAACAUCUUAAAGUAUACUGGUUGAAAAAUGAUAAACUGAUAGAAGAAGGUUUACAUUGUAUGAGCAAAUUCAUUAAUAAUACAGCUACUUUGGAAUUAAGUAACGUUCAUUUAACUGACAGUGGAGAAUAUGCUUGUGUAGCUAGUAAUGAAAAUGGCGAAACAGUAAGUUUUGCUUACUUAGAAGUUUCUAACGAAACCGAUAUAAAGCCAUCACCUCCUGUGUUUACCAGAAAUAUUACUGAUCAUUAUAAAAUGUCAAAUGAUGAACUUACUUUUGAAUGCAAAGUUAAGAGUUACAGAACGCCAAAUGUAAGCUGGUACAAGGAUGGUCAGGAAUUAGGAACAUCAGCUAGAUAUGCGCAAAGUUACUUAUCAGACGGAACUUGUAGGCUCAGUAUUACCAAUCCUGAAAGAGCUGAUAGCGGAAGAUAUUCUUGCAGAUUAGAUAAUGAUCUAUGGAGCGAUCAGCUAUCAUAUGACUUCAAAUUUGAAGGUAAAAAAGAAUAUAUUCGGUACAAAUCCAGGCAGAAAGAAUAUCGUGAUAGCAGCUUAACCAGAUCAACAAGACCUUAUUUCUCCGGAAUUAUGACUGACAGUAAUGUACCAACUGGAGGCACCAUGGCGCUGCAAGUCGAAGUAAAAGGAAGUCCACUGAAUGUUUCUUGGUACAAAGAAAGUUUAAGACUAUCAAAUUCAUCGUCUAGGCAUCAGAUAUUUAACGAAAGAAACGUUCAUACUUUACUGGUUCCGAACGUUAACGAAUAUGAAGCUGGAAAAUAUAUUUGUAGGGCUUUAUAUCCUCAGGGAAGUACGGAAACGUCUGCUUACGUUCAAGUCGUCCAAUCUUGUACACCGCAUAGAAAACCUGCUAUGUUCCUUUCAAGACCAGACAAAAUCUUGAGCCUUCGCGAAGGAGAUGACAUCGUCGUAUCAUUUAGAGUGGCCGGUGAUCCUAAACCUACAGUUACAUGGAUGAAGGGUCUUAAAGACAUCACGACCAGUAUGAGAUCGUACAAAGAAAAGUCUGAUGAUUACAUGAGAAUGACUUUAAAAAGGAUCACAGUUGAAGACUCUGGGACUUAUUGUAUCCUAGCCAAAAAUUGUUAUGGGUGCGACAGAGCUUUUUUCACUGUGAAAUUGAGGGAUAGAGCUAGAUCGCUGACGCCUGUCAGAAGUCAGUUUGGUUUCGACGUUCAUUCUUACCAUGACAUUUAUAGGGACAGCGAUGUUCCCGGGCCCAUUCCAAGUCAACCAACUGUCGUGGAAUCCGGCAGGAACUGGCUGUGUCUGGCUUGGGACAAACCAGAACAAAAAUCGACGGUGCCCAUUUUGGCUUAUCGUGUAGAAAUGUGGGCCAGAGGUGCUGAAGGAGCCAGAUGGACAGAAAUAGGCGUUACUCCAUUGAACUCAUUCGAUGUGUUUAACCUAAAACCGGAAGUGGAAUAUCAAUUUAGAAUAACGCCAAGAAACAGAUACGGAUGGGGCGAGAGCGUUCAAAGUAGUGUCAUGACGUUGGGAAAGCCAACAAGUUUACCUGAAUUUACUAAGAUACUGCCUGGACAGCACAAGGCUUUACUGGGAUCUGAAGUUAUUUUGGAAUGUGAAGUACAAGGAGAACCAAUUCCCACUAUACGUUGGGUCAAAGAUUCGCAAGAAAUAUUCACGGAAGAUGAUGAACGUUAUUACAUUUCUCAAAUCGGUAACAUAUGUUCCCUAGGGAUAUCAAACGUCCAGAAUUCUGAUUCAGGACGUUUUAUGUGCGAAGCCACUAACAAAGUAGGACGUGUAUCUACUUUUGCCAGACUGUCGGUGGUCAAAGAUCCCAAACUGUUGACGGCCGAGUCGAGAUUACGACUGGGUGUUGCAAAUUUCAACAGCACGGAUCCUCUACCACCACAAUUCACCAUGAGGCUCAGAGAUAGACGAGUAGAAAUGACUUACCCAGUGAGAUUAACCUGUCAAGUAAUCGGGUACCCAACGCCAAGUGUGAAAUGGUACAAAGAUGGAACAGAAAUUCUAGCAGAUGAUCGCCAUGCUUUCUUUAGGGAUGACAAUUUCCAGACUUUAGAAGUCACCAGGACGCAUUUAGACGAUUCUGGAACUUACGUAAUGUCAGCGGACAACGAACACGGUUCUGUAUCGUGUAGAUGUAAUUUGAUUGUUGAUAAAGGUAUCAAAGAUUAUAUUUCACCGAUUUUCCUUAAUUAUCUGGAUCCAUCCGAAGCGAAAGUCAAAGAAGGUGGCGAAUUAAGGUUGAAAGGAAGAGUUGAAGGGUAUCCGGGUGUAGGACUGGCUUGGUUCAAAGAUGGGGUUAGGUUACGUCCGUCACGUCGAUUCGUUAUGACUCUAUCGUACGACGGUACACUAGAGUUGUCGAUCGGAAAAAUUUUGAACAAAGAUUUCGGACUGUAUACUUGCGUGGUUAGCAACGAAGUGGGCAGGGCUCAAAGCAGCGCCAGAGUUGAGUGUUUGGACCAAACGGCCGCUACUGAUGCCAGAAACGGUGCCGUUAGAUCUGAUAUACCGUAUUCCAAGGAACCCAGAUUUUUGAAGAAACCUAGAUCAUCGGAAGCCUACGAAGGAGACGACAUCGUCAUUUUAUGCGAAGUAAUUGGAGAUCCCAAACCAGAGGUUUUGUGGCUUCGAGACUUCUUGAAGCCUGACUAUUACAGAGAUGCAGCUCAUUUCCACAGAGUGGAAGAAGGACCCGAAUAUCGUCUCGAAAUUCCGAACGCCAAAAUAGACUAUACUGGUACUUACACCGUUUACGCCAAAAACUGUCAUGGUGAUGCCAAAGCCAUCAUAUCUUUACAAAUAAAAGUUAAAGAUCCGAAACCAUUGAAAGACGAAAUGGGAAAGAAGAAAAUUGCAGAGGUUCAAACUCUUCCAGAGAUUGUUAAGGAACUGAGCGACAUUCGUUGCUGUGAUGGGGAUUCGGCAACAUUAGAAUGCAAAGUAUUUGCUACACCUGCACCAGACAUUCGCUGGGAAAGAAAUGGCAAGUUGGUCCAUUUAGGAGAGGAUUUCAAUGCACAUUUCGAUGGAGAGACGGCCAGAUUGUCGAUAAAUCAAGUGUACCCUGAAGACGAAGGAGAGUACACUUGCGUGGCUCACAACACUCUAGGAACAGCUUCCACAUCCGCAUGCCUCGUUGUUGAUCUUCCAGAAGAAAAAGAAAACCUCCUGAGCCAACAACUCAAACGCCCGACUGGUUUCGUAGACACGUCAACGCCCAAAUCCUUCAACAGACCGUCCUCAACAAGAACCUUGUCGCCGUUACCGUCAUACAGAGACCGAGGCGUAACCGAGUUCCGGCCCAACAGAAUCCGCGCUGCGCCUCCGAAAUUCUACGCCUACCCCCACAACAGAGUGGCGGAACAAGGAGAGACCGUAAGGUUUCAAUGCGCCGUCGCCGGUCAUCCGGACCCGUGGGUCACAUGGGAGAAAGACGGAGUAGUAGUCACUCCAUCGGCGAGGUUACGGAUGACUGAGAGGGAGGAUCUUAGAACUUUGGAAAUAAGCGAUGUUAUCCCUAGCGAUUCUGGAGUGUAUAAAAUAAUUUUGGAGAAUGAUGUUGGAAGAAUUGAAACGUCAGCUAAAUUAGAUGUUAUCGGACAUCGGAUUGUGUCUUCUAGGGGUUUGAGGACGAGGAGUUUGUCUCCAAAACCUGCUCCGAAUUAUUCGAAACAUUUCAUGGGAGAUUUAAGCAAUUUAGGAAGUCGAGGAGAUUUUCAAUACAGCUAUCGUUCAAAUCUAUCAUCGUACUGUAAAUUCUACAGAGAUCUAUACGAUAGCACUGAUACAUCUAUUUUAAGACCGGAGAUUUUUAAAAGCCUUCCUAAGAACUUAAAGAUGUCCGAAGGUCGAUCUGUUAAUCUACAAGUUGAAGUACUUGGUAAACCUCCUUUUGAUGUGGUCUGGAUGAAGGAUGCUUGUAUUUUGCCUGAUUGUGAAGAUUUUCAGCAAACUGUUACUGAAGACGGAAUCAUUUCCCUGUACUUACCCGACGUGUAUCCACAAGAUUCUGGGAACUACAGAUGCGAGAUUUAUAAUUUGUAUGGGGACGCGUUCUCUAACUGUUAUUUAACUGUACAAGAUACGAUAAAUGUAGAACCCCGAAUUGAUAUCGUCGAACACCCAUCUUCAGUGUCAAUUAACGAAGGAGGUACUGCCUCAUUUUCCGUGAAAACUCAGAAUCGCACCAACGAAAAAGCAAUGAUAGAGUGGAAAGUAGGCGGGAAAAUAGUAACACGAAACGAAAAGUUUAAGGUAGAGGAAGACGGUGACGCGAACGUUCUUCGCAUCGUGGGGGUGACGAGGACAGACGUCGGCCCCAUCGAGUGUUCGCUGGUACUCCAAAGCGCGAGCCCAGGCAAUUCUAGUUCCUCGUCGACAGCAGUUUCGAUAGCGCGCUGCACCACGUCUCUCGCGAUUUUCGAUCUCGACCUAGACGACGAAGUCAGCAUCUCGACCAACGGCGGUAGUUGUAGUGACAGUGGAGCCUCCAUGGAGGAGGCGGUGCAACCAGAAGAGACGGCGCCGAAGCUCCUGAGGGGACCCCAGGACACUACGGCCCUCGUGGGUGAUAGAGUGCUGCUCAAGGCCACUUAUCAAGGACUGCCGGAACCGAAAGUCAGGUGGAAUAAAGCUGGCCGAGAGUUAAAAAACGACGAACGUACGAGCAUAACAUCCGGUGACGGAGUAUCCUGCCUCCUUUUGCAAAACAUCACGACAGACGACAGUGGAAAAUAUGACAUUACCUUAGAAAAUGUACACGGAGAAGACUGCAGUUAUGCCUCAUUGGCCGUCGAAGGACCGCCAGACCCCCCUAGCGGCACGCCCUGCAUAACCACCACUCUAGAUAGCGUUACGGUAGCAUGGAGUAGCUCUCCAUAUGACGGAGGCAAAAUCAUAAACGGGUAUGCGGUGGAAUACUCCAUGGUCGGUAGCGAUAUCUGGACCAUAGCCGUCGACGAAUGUCACUCUCUCAGUUAUGUGGUUCGAGGUUUACAACCCGGAGGCAGGUACGUCUUCAGGGUGAGGGCGCUCAACGUCCACGGAUAUAGCCGGCCCAGCGUCGUAUCUGAUAUUGUUCAGUUAGAGGAACAUAAUGAAUGUAGUUAUUUCGAAGCUAGAAUAGUAUCGGUGGAGCCCGGACCGGAAUUCAAGGCUCGCUACGAGGUCCUGGAAGAGUUGGGGAAAGGACGGUUCGGCGUAGUACACAAAGUAGUCGAUAAGGAAUCAAAUCAAAAACUGGCAGCUAAGUUUAUUAAAUGUAGAACUUCCAAAGAUAGAGAUAAGGUACAAGACGAAAUCGAUAUUAUGAAUCUCCUCAGGCAUCAAAAACUGUUACAGUUGGCAGCCGCUUUCGAAAACCCCAGAGAUAUGAUUAUGGUCAUGGAAUACAUUUCCGGUGGGGAACUGUUCGAACGAGUGGUGGCCGACGAUUUUACGCUUACCGAAAAAGACUGUAUACUAUUUAUGCGACAAAUAUGCGAAGGAGUGGCGUACAUGCACACCCAGGACAUCGUCCAUUUGGAUCUGAAACCCGAGAACAUCAUGUGCCAUACGAGAACGUCGCACGAAAUCAAAAUCAUCGAUUUCGGAUUGGCUCAGAAAUUGGAUCCCAAUGAACCAGUGCGGGUGCUGUUCGGUACCCCGGAGUUUAUACCGCCCGAGAUUAUCGGGUACGAACCCAUCGGAGUUGAGUCAGAUAUGUGGUCGAUUGGUGUGAUAUGCUACGUGUUAUUAUCCGGACUGUCCCCGUUCAUGGGAGACAACGACUCUGAGACGUUUGCGAACAUAACGCGAGCUGAUUUCGAUUUCGAAGACGAAGCCUUCAAUACGGUCUCGCAAAACGCCAGAGAUUUUAUCGGGGCACUUUUGAUCAAAAGAAAAGAGGAUCGUCUGUCUGCCGAACAAUGUCUCAAACAUGUUUGGCUUGAUCCAGAAACUCAUCAAGAAACGGUCGUUCUAUCGACUGAUAAACUGAAAAAGUUCAUCAUACGUCGCAAGUGGCAAAAAACCGGUAACGCCAUACGAGCUCUCGGCCGAAUGGCAACGCUAUCGGCAAGCCGCAGAAACUCAGCUAACUCUAGUCCUAACACACCAAGACCAUCCCUGUCUGGCGUUUCAUCACCAUCGGUAGGCAGAAUGUCCAGCGUCAAUGAAGAAGACUCUUUCCGAUCUCCCAUCAACAUACCAUUAAACACCAGCGACGUGGAACAACAAGAUACCGAUGUAACAGACGAUUCAUUCGAAGAUAUUAUCGAAGAACCUGUUAAAAAGACUAAUGGAGACAUAGAAGAUGUAGAUAAUGAUAGUAGUAAAGAAGAAAUUGAAGAAAAAUCAAUCGGGGACGAAGAAGAGCAAAGUAUAACGCAGAUAAAAGAGACAUACGAGAAGAUAAGUAAAAGAUUGAAUGAAUUAGAAGAAAAAUGUAAUGAUCUAAUAGAUACGCAAUCACCGAUAGACAAAUACCGCUUUCUGGAGAACGGUACAUGUUUCAAAAACAAGCUAAACGCCUUCAAAAAGAUGGAAGAGCCCGUAGAAAAGCCCGUCAAAGAAGUUAGAAAUGGCAAAGAAAUAAAGACGAGAGCUUGCAGCGAGAGGAGCGAUAGCGGCUUCAGCGAUUGCUCUACUCUAUUUACUUCGACAACGUCCACUCCGCUGUUAAGCAAAAAAUUCUGCAUCGACGAAGAGAACGAGGAGAAAAUUUUCGAUACCAGCGCUACUCUCUAUUUCAAAAAUCACAGGAACAGUUUUAGGAGUCCGAAAGCGAGGUCAAUUGAAAAUAGUGAGGAGGAAAUUUGUAAGGAACAAUCAGAAGAGGUGGACGGGAAGACUAAUAACAAAGGCGGUAAAUACAAAUUGAGCGAGAAGAUUGAUAGAUUUACUAAGGGUAAACCGUCCACUGCGACAGUCAGCUUAAGAAAAUCACCGAUCUACACCUACAGGGCCGUCGAUGGUAUCAUCAAGAAAUUCGACUCUUCCGAUACCACCAAACCAACUGCUACCAUUCCUACCAUUGAGACUACCCCAAAUAGAUUCAAAACAUCAAGCAUACUAGAAAAACCGUCCAACCUCCCAGUUGGUACCACCAAAAACGGGCAUUCUUCAAGAUCGAACGAUGGUUUGAAUAGUUCUUUGAACGCUCCUCCCGUCAUUAGAUACAGAAGUCCUUCGCCAUCUUUGUUGAGGAAGACGCAAGCCGUCAUAGCCAAAGAACAAAGCAACGAGUUCUACAUGGCUAAGCAGGCUUUGAUAAAAUCACCCCAAGAAGCGAAGAAAAGCGGUACGCGAAUUCCUGCUAAAUCGAAUAGUUUUAAUUCUAAAGAUAAACCAAAAAGCGAAAGUUUUCGAAAAGCCGCAGCUUUUUGGAAUUCGCCCUUAAACUGA